UACUUUAGUGGAAAAACGAAAGGCUUGGAGGAAUUAGUGAGGAGUCACAUUAAAAAUAAUCAACCUCUUGACAUCAAAGAAGUGAUAGCUAGGUUUACUACGGAUAUAAUUGUCAGCUGUGCAUUUGGGCUCGAAAGUAACAGUUUGGAAGUAGCUGAAACCGAGUUCCGUAAAUAUGGAAGAAAAGUGUUCGAUUUGAAGGCUUGGAGGAUGGUUCUUCUUAAUAGUGUUCCGCGUUCAUUGCUAACAUUAUGCUAUCAUUUAGGAUUUACCGCGUUUCCUAGAGACGUAAGCCAAUUUUUCAAUAAAACAGUUCAAGAUACCAUUCGCUACAGGGAGGACACAAAAUUGUACAGAAAGGAUUUCAUGCAAUUGCUGUUAGAAAUGAAGAACAAAGAAAACGGAGCAAUAAAUAAAAUUACAGACGAAGAGAUAAUUUCACAAUGUUUUGUAUUCUUUAUCGCAGGCUACGAGACAUCGGCAACCACCACAACUUUUGUUUUGCUUGAAUUGUCUCAGAAUCAAGAUAUCCAGGAGAAACUAAGAGCGGAAAUUAGGGAAGUCUUGGAAAAACACGAAGGAGCGAUUACUUACGAUGCCAUCAUGGAAAUGACGUAUCUGGAAAUGGUUAUUAACGAAACUCUAAGAAAGUACCCUCCAGUACCAAUGAUUCCCAGAUUCUGCACGAAGGAUUAUCACGUUCCAGGCACAGAGGUAACUAUUAAAAAAGGAACCCAGGUUCAAAUUCCAGUUUGGGGCCUUCAAACCGAUCCGGAAUAUUUUCCAAACCCGGAAAAAUUUAAUCCAGAGAAUUUCAGUGCGGAAAAUAAAUCCAAAAUUCCGGAAAUGACCUUUAUACCAUUCGGAGAGGGACCCAGGAUGUGCAUCGGGUUGCGUUUUGGAAAGUUACAGAGCAAAGUUGCUCUGGUCAGUUUAUUGAGAAACUUUAAUUUUACUCUCAGUGAAAAAACUCAUACUCCUAUCGAGUUUGAGAAAGUGAGUUUUAUUUUAUCCGUUGAAGGGGAUGUAUGGUUGAAUGCAACGGAAAUUUAGGAGGAAAAUGUGUGAUAAUAUUAUAAUAAAUUUAUUUCUGGAUUGUAUAUUAUUAUACAGGGUGAGUCUUAAAUAAGUGCAAAUAUUUUCAGGGCUGGGAAGAUCUCGAUAAAAGAAACAUAUUUUUUCUUUGCCGUUUUUCAAAUAGGUCUAAAAUAAUAUUUUACUUUAAAAAUUAAAAAAAAUGAUUUACUUUUUAAAAAUUUUGGGAGCCACCGAACUUUUUCUGUGUUUGCAUCUCUUUUAGUGCUUUCAAUUUUUUUUCGCGAAAAAAUAUUUGCAGUUAUUUAAGACUCACCCGGUAUAUCUAAUGAAAAGCCUGAAAAUGUCCAUUUUAGUAAUUAACAUUUAAUUGGUUAAAAUAGUGUGUAGUUAUUUUUAAGUAAAUUUUAUAAUGUAUCUUUAAUUGAUAAGAAAUUGAGGUUAUUAUUAAUUAUUAAUAUUAAUAUUGAUAUGUAUGUUAUUAAAAAAAUACAAGGUGUCCAAAACGUGUGAGGUCGUGUGUUUUAAAAAAAGAUUAAAAAAUACAGGUUCGUAUUUGUAAAAAAAAUCAUCUUCUUCGUACCUAUUGUGGUUUCCGAGUUUCCAAUUGUCACCCUCAUUUUUCGGACAGUCUGUACAUUAAGACAGACUUUAUGUAUGAGAUUUAUUUUGAAUAAAGAAUUAGAAAAAACAGUAUAGUUUAUGUACAAUAUGUUGAUAAAAAUUAAUUUUGUUUAUUACUUUUAAUUGAUUUUUACAAACUUUGAGUGUUGAGAUCAUUGAAAAUAUACUAUAGCUACAAUUUAAAAUUAUUUUAUAAGGUAUAAACAGAGUGUCAUAAAAUA